AUGGAGUAAACUCUGGAACAUAAAUUGAGAAAGCAACAAUUAUUAAUUUAUUUCUGAAGAACGUAAACAAGUAAAAGGCAGUCCACCUUAAUGAAUUUAUUCAGUAAGGUGCUCAUAUUCCAGCUCCUGCUAUCCGUAGUUGGGAAGAGUGUGAUUCUUAUGGUUACACAAUCUCCGCCGUACCUUUCUGCAUUGGAAGGAGGCACAGCAACAAUGACUUGUUGGAUUAAUAGUUCCAGCUUGGAACGACGCAUAGAAUGGAGCAAAGUUUUAUCAGAGCAAAGGAUUCUAGUUCUGACAUCCAAAGGGAACAUAACCAAACCUAACCUGGAUUACACCAAAAGGAUGAAACACUCUCUCAAUGAUACAGUUAGCACUCUGUCUAUUUACCCCAUACACCGGAAUGACACUGGGAUGUACGUUUGUGAGGUAUUAAUUGAGAUUCCUCCCCCAGUAUAUAGAAUGUCUGGGAAUGGCACUCACCUGCAGGUCCAAGUUGUCAACAAUGAAAUGGCAGUGUCUUCCAAUGACAAUACAACUGGUUCAACAUGGAUCCUGAUUGGUUGCAUAUUGUCUAUCAUAUUGAUUGUGUCAGUCACCACUUCCUUUUUGGCCAGAAAAUUAAUUAAAAAAGAGGAACCCAUGUAUGUCAAUGUGAGAUACAGAAACAAAACCGGUGAGAACAAGCGACAAACAGAAUCAAAAUGUGAGGUACGCUAUGUCGUGUAGAUGUGGAGAUCCGAAGACAUUUGAGCAGAAAUGCCAAAAGCCCUCAUUACAGCUUUGAAGUAGCUGAAGUUUAAAUGACCAGAGCUGACAUGUUGUGAGAUAUUCAAGAGUCUGGAAGAAAGUUGAACUUUUAUCCAGUCCAUUUGAAAACACACUGAUCAGUGACUGAUCCUGCAAAUUUGAACAAAUAUCCAUGGACGAAUAAAAGAUUUUGACAUUUUAAAUGAUACGUCAAAUCUCCUUCUGUAUGGGAAUCUGUAUUGACAAGUAGACAACUGAUUUUUCAUACACUGGACUUAAUUUAUGGAUUAAUGUGAAGACUCAGGUUAUACCCCACUGUGAUGUACAAUGUCAUACAGAGUCUAUAUAAGCUCUGCUGUAACUUGUGUUCAUAUCCAUGGUGACAGUAACCUACACACUGACUUACUUCCUUUAACUCUUCAUUCCAGACAAUUACCAAGUAGAAGUAAAUACAUCCUGACAAGAACAAAAACAACCCCACAGUGGUCACAGAAGAUUGAUUUGAAAAAAAAGAACUAUUUUGAGAGGUGAUAGAUAUAGGACAGAGGUCAGAGGUCAUUUGUUUACUCAGAGAGUAGUAAGGGCAUGGAAUGCCCUGCCUGCAACUGUAGUAGACUUGCCAACUUUAAAGACAUUUAAGUGGUCAUUUGAUAAACAAAUGAAUAUUAAUGGAAAAGCGUAGGUUAGGUGGGCUUCAGAUUGGUUUCACAGGUCAGUACAACAUCGAGGAUCGAAGGGCCUGUACUGCGCUGUAAUGUUUUAUGUUCUAUAUUCAAUAGAUUUAGUUAGUAUAUUUUUCAUACUGUGUGGUAAUUCCUCCUUUGACACCA